AUGGGGCUGGUGGGAAGUGAGCGAGUUGCUUAUGCAGCUGAGCAGCCAAGCCUCAGGAAAAGCCCCCCCAUCCCCCCAAUUCUUGCCUCUUUUAACCCUAUUCUCCUCCUCCCCUCCCAGGAUCUCCUCGGCUGGUCGCGGAAGGAUCUGUGCAGCGAGUUCGGCAUCAGAGGGGCCCACCGGGCUGGUGAGUUUGGCUGGGCCACCGAGCCCAGCACGGGGAAGACAGACUGGCCCAGCAGUUACAGAGCCAGUGAGACGGAGCAGGAUCGGGAGUUUGGCACUGGCACACAGGACUGGAGCGGCUCAUACAAAGAGACGGAGCUGCUGGGUGAUUCCAGUGUGGGGCACGGAAACUGGCCCGACGCCUAUGGCAUUGGGGACGGCUGCCGGAAGGAAGGAGAGUUCAACUCCGGCAACCCAGACUGGAGCAGCCAAUACAACACUGGUGGUGCUGACAGCCCGGAUGGGGAGUUCGGUACCAGGAAACUGGACUGGACCAGCACCUACGACAUUGGGGACAGCACCCAGCAGGACAAGCGGUUCAGUACCGGCAAGCCAGACUGGACCCGCGAGCAUGGUGUCGGUGAUACCGACCAACAAGAUAGAAAGUUCGGUACCGGCAAGCCAGACUGGACCCGUGAGCCUGGUGUCGGUGAUACUGACCAACAAGAUCGAGAGUUCGGCACCGGCAAGCCAGACUGGACCUACGAGCCUGGUGUCAGUGAUACAGCCCAGCAGGAUAGAGAGUUUGGCACCGGCAAGCCAGACUGGACCCACGAGCCCAGGGUCAGUGAUACAGCCCAGCAGGAUAGAGGGUUUGGCACCGGCAAGCCAGAUUGGACCCACGAGCCCAGUGUCGGUGAUACAGCCCAGCAGGAUAGAGAAUUCGGCACCGGCAAGCCAGACUGGACCCACGAGCCCAGUGUCGGUGAUACAGCCCAGCAGGAUAGAGAGUUCGGCACCGGCAAGCCAGACUGGACCCACGAGCCCAGGGUCAGUGAUACAGCCUGGCAGGAUAGAGGGUUUGGCACCAGCGAGCCAGACUGGACCUAUGAUCAUGGUGGUGAUGAUACAGACCAGCCGGAUAGAGAGUUUGGUACCAGCAAGCCAGACUGGAUCAACAUGUACGGUGCUGAUACUGACCAACAGGAUAGAGAAUUGGGUACCAGCAAGCCAGACUGGACCCACGAGCACGGUGUUGGAGAUCCGGACCAACAGGAGAGAGAGUUGGGUACCAGCAAGCCAGACUGGACCCACGAGCACGGUGUUGGAGAUACGGAUCAACAGGAGAGAGAGUUGGGUACCAGCAAGCUAGACUGGACCCGUGAGUACGGGAUCAGUGAUACUGACCAUCAGGGGAAAGAGUUUGGUGCUGGGAAGCCAGCCUGGACCCAGGAGUGCAGUGUCAAGGCCAAUGGGCAGGGUAGAGAGUGGACCUGCGAAUAUGGUGUUGGCAAUACCACCCAGCAGGACAAGCCAGAUUGGACCCGCGAGUUCGGUGUUGGUGAUGGUGCCCGGCAGGACAGAGCUUUCAGCCCUGACAAGCCAGCUUGGUUUGGUGAAUAUGGCAUUCACCAUACAGACCGGGAGAGUGCCUUUGGCUCUGGUGUUGGAGACUCCGACAGCACGGCCCAAGAGCCUGGUGCCAGGAAGCCUGGGUGGAGUGGCACCGACUGGCAGGAGAGCAAGUUCCCCUUUGCUAGGAGGGAUUGUGCCAGUGAUUUCAGGAUCAGAGGAGCUGAGCACGAAAGCCAGUUUGGCGUCAUUGGGACUGAGCGGGCGGGUGGCUUUGGCUUGAGCACUUUGGAACCAUCUGGUGCUGUCAGGACCCUGGGCCCAGCAGAGCAUGGAGAGAGCCGGACUGACUGGGCGGGCUAUACCAGGACUGUGGACCUGGAUGAGCCAAGAGAGGCUGGUGUGGGGCAGUCCGACUGGACUCAAGAUCUAGGCCUCAGUGGCACAGAUCCCUCUGUCGGCCUGGGAGCAAUCAGUCCUGAGGAGCCCAGCGGGGGAUGGAUGGAUUGGACAAACGAACUGAGCGUGAGCAGCAUGGAUCCCUCCAGCAGUCUGGGGGCGGGGGGCGCCGAUACACCCAGAGAGCCUGGCGUGGGGCAGCCAGAUGGGGCCAGCGACCUUGGCCCGGGAGGCCCGGCCACAGCCAGUGGCUUCGAGAGCAUGGGCCCGGCAGAGACCAGAGCGAGACAGACUGACUGGAGCCGUGAGCUCGGCUCUGGGGAUGAGGGCUCCGCUGAGACCAGGGAGGCUGGAGCAGGGCAGAUGGACUGGGCCAGCGAGGUCGGGAUCGUACAUGGGAAACAAACCUAUACCACAGCCAUGGCUGGCUUGGAGCCACAUGGAGACAGCAGUGGCCCUGGCAGCCCCCGGCUCUCCGGCCCGAGCCCCCUGCUGGAAGAGAUGUUGGCCAAGGCGGCAGCCCAGCACAAGAGCCCCGGAGAGGAGAGGGGGCCACCUCCUGCACCCAACGCCCGCCCCUUGCCGCUGGAGGAGGAUGGCGGGCCCAGGCCCGAGGGGGAUGGCGCGCCCAGCCCCUCGGAUGCCACGGAUGGGGGCUGGCUGCCGAUAGAAGCGAGGAGGCUGAGCCAGCCAGGGCGCCGCGGGAGCCAGCCCUCCCCACCAGACGAGGACUUCACCUUCCUGGAGGACAUGGAAGUUCUUGACAGUGCCAUCUACCGGAGCAGAGCCAACCUGGGUCGCAAGCGAGGUCACCGGGCGCCGGCCACACGCCCCGCAGGCAGCCUGGGGCUGUCUGAGGUGGAGGCAGCCGACUGGAUGUUCCGGGACUCCACAGAGCCCAGAGCGGUGCACUGGGCGUCCUCAGAUGAGGAGGUGGCGGAGGAGCCCCAGAGCAGGCGGGCACGGCCCUCGCCAGCGGCCAAGGGGGUGAAGGUGCCACUCUUCCCGGGCCUGAACCCCUCAGCUCUCAAGGCCAAGCUGCGGGGCCGGAACCGCUCUGCAGAAGAGGGGGCCCAGCUGGGGGAGGCCAAGCCAGCCACGCCCAAGGAGUCCCACGUCCAGCGCUCCAAGUCCUGCAAGAUCCCCGGCUUGGGGGGGAAACCCCUGGCGCUGCCCCCCAAGCCAGAGAAAUCCUCAGGGUCAGAUGCCACCUCGCCCCACUGGCUGCAAGUGCUGAAGCUGAAAAAGAAGAAAUCCUGAUGGCCCCAUUCAGGCAUUUCUCUCCUGCUGCUGGGGCUGGGACAGCUGACUCUCCAAAGAGGCUCGUCGGGAUGGAAGGGACGGCGCAGUGAUUGGAGACCCCCUCCCGCCUGCCUGCCCACCCCCUGUGCACAGCUGGGACCCCCGGCAGGGCAGUGAGGGGGUGGGAGUGGGGGCAGGGAAGGCACAUCUAUGCACUUUGUAUCACGCUCGCUCCCUGAGCUGCCGGGUCCCUCUGUCCCCGCCCCCGCGAGCUGGCUGCUUCCUUCGCUCUGUCCUUUAUACCAUGUACCUGGUCUAAAGCCUCUAUUAUUUUGUAAUCGGUGACAGGGCCUGGCCCUGACCCUUCCCCCUUCCCCGCUGAGCCGGGGGCGGGGGGAGCCCCGGGGCCAGGGCGUUCGCUCGCUCUCUGCUGCUAUCCUACACUUUCCUGGCCAAGAGCAAUGGAUUAUUUUUUCUAUGCCACUUGAUGAGACAAUAAACGAUUUCUGGUAAUGGUG